UUAAAUUUAUAUGUAUUACAGAGAGAAUAUUCCAAUGAAACAAACAGUUUAAGAACUUUAACUUUAAUAUUAUGGUACAUGGAAAUACAAAAUGUCGAAUAGUGGUUCAAUACGAUGGUCAUGCUUCUUCGAAUCAUUCGAUUUGAAAAAAAAAAAUACAAUUACGUAUUGAUUUGUUAUCAUUGUGAUAACGAUUAAACGAUUCAAUUCUUAAUAGCAAAUUGAUAAUAUUAUUAUUAUCGAUUAUUAUCAAUCUGUUUCCUCUCUGUUUCCUUCUCUUUCUUUCUCUCUCUCUCUUUCUCAAAUUUCAAAUUUACGAAUACAUGUUUUAAUUGACUGUUAAUUAUUGUUUUCUUAUUAGCGACCCACAUACAAGUCGUUCGUGCAAAGGCUUCGUAUUAAUACUGAUCCAUAUAAAGAUUGUAUCAUAUAUAUGUUAGAUCGAAUUUCGUAUAUAGAAAGAUAAUCGCGUAAACAUAAACAAUAACACACACGGUUAGAGUUAUUAUAGAAAUUUAAAUAUUCCUAAAUUUGUGGAAACACUAUUGGCGCCACAUUAGUAAAUUUAUCGUUACAAAUAAUAUUAGUUUGAUAAUAAUACGUAAAGGUAUUUCUUCCGUAUAUAUUAUCAGCGAAUAUUUUCGUUUCAUUAGUUGUAACAAUUUGAACUACCAUAAAGUGUGAAGUUAAAUAAGCGAAAUAUCAAAAAUUUGAAAUAAAAUUCAAUAGACCGCACAUUAAUUGUUAUAUAUAUAAAAAAAGAAAAAUAUCAAAGUGUGUUAUAGUUUCGUAGAUCAUAAAAUAUGAGUGAAUUUAUUUUGAAUGGUAGUUCAAGUCCGUUUAAUUGUCUAAUAGACAAUGGUUUUGGAAUAAGUACUACCUUUUAUUCGUAUCUAGUUCUUACUCCCAUAGAUGGGGAAACACUUGUAACUCCAAUAUUUUAUUUAAACGGCAGUGAAACAAUGGUUCAUUUAGAAAUAAAUUGGAAAAGCGAUAUGAUUAGAGUUCGGUUGGUUACCGAAUAUGAAUUAUUUGACACGAAACCACACAUAACAAAAAUAACCAUAAGCCAAGAUAAUAGAAAAAAUAAGCAAAUGCAUAUAUUCAAUAGGAAAUAUAUGGAUGAGAAAUGGUGGAUGGAAUUUAAACGACCAAAAUUUGAUGAACCAAAGUUUCUAGAAUUUCUAUUUAGUUUCAUAUACGAUGAAAGAAGAAGAACAAUUAACAGCAUAAUAUCACGUAAAAUGGAUCUCUACGAACGUUUGAAUAAAUUGUAUAAAGAUAAGACGUAUGCGGAUCUUAAAAUAAGAGUUGGCGAGGUAGAAUUUUUAGCUCACAAAGCGAUACUCGCUGCUAAAAGUCCUGUAUUCGCAGAUAUGUUCAAUCAUAUUACGAAUGCCGAAAGUGAUAAUGUUAUUAUUAUUAAUGACAUCGAUCCGAAAAUAUUCGAAAUUUUCUUGAAAUAUCUUUAUCUCAGCGAGAUCGACCAUAUUCCAAGAACAAACACUAAUUAUUUUCUACAUUUAAUCCAAAUAUCAAUAAUUUAUAAGGUCGAUGAUUUUACAUUGGCAAUGAGUAAAUUGGCAAUGAAUUCAUUAACUCCUGAAAAUCUUCAAAAAUGGCUUAUCUAUGGUGUUGAUUUAAACUUAGAAUAUAUUCAAGGAGUGACUACAUCUUGUAUUAGAAAUUGUACUAAUUCCGGGGUUCCUUACCUUUCAAAAUUUAAUAACAAUAAUAUAUUAUAAGAUAUAAUACCCGGAUGUUCAACGAUAACAAAAUAUAUUGUUAGAAAUUGUAGCGAUAAUUAAUACUCCGUAAUACAAUUCUUCACUUUUUUAUUUAUAUUUUUUCUUUUUUAUAUUAUUUCAAAAAUUCAAAUCAAAUGUUAAAUCCCGACACGAUGAUUAGACGAUUUCUUUGUCGAUCUAAAAAAUAUACCAAAGUUCUAACAAAGAAUGUAUUAAUGUAAAAUAUGUAUAAUUGUAAAAAUAAAAUAUGUAAUGUAUUAUAAUUAAUGUAAAAUAUAAAUGCUCAAAGUCGUUAGCAUUUAAAUUUCCAUAAAUAAAGUUGUAAUUAAACGUUA